AUGGCAACAGAAGCUCCUUUAGCACCUCGUCCUCCUCAGUUGACAUUGGACGAGAUUCUCAACUCCAAAGUCAACUAUGCUGUCGAAGACGAUCCUUUGGAGGUCUGGGACAAGGGCGUCUUCCUGAAUGAGCUUCUCAGACAGGGCAUCGUCCUCAACACUGACAAGACUGGCGCUCUCGAUGGCAAGCUUGUUGCGCGCAAGGGUCUUGAGACGGGUACCUAUAUGGGCACUCGCUUGGCCUUGACUGAGCUGUAUAAGAUCCUCGAAGAAGCCGCUGCCUCUCAUUUUGACACUCAAGGCUUUGAGCCCAUCUUCCCCGUCAAGCGUGAUCUUGCUCUCAAGCAGAACACCUACCAAUGGAGCAACCCCAGCGAUUGCUAUCCUCCUCACCUAAACACCCUUCCUCAGGACGAGCAACAGAGCCUGGAUGGUGUCCCUAGAAAAGACGGCGUCGGACAGAUCUUCAACGAGACCGAGAGAAACUUCGUCAUCAAGAUUGCUUCCAUGUUUUCUUUCAUCAUCCCCAAGGAACUCUCAUCAACCGAUGGUCCCUACGUUGGACCAACCCUUGCCGAUGUUGAGAAGUGGAGCAAGGACAACCAGCCAAAGGCCGAAUCUACUGAUGACCAGAGCGCGAAGCCCAAUGGUGCUGUUGUUAACGGCGUCAAGCAAAGCCAGAACGCAGACAUUAUGAAGGGCAGAAACAUGGGUGAACACGCUGAUUGGUAUUCUGACGCCAAGUUUGCGCAACAGCACUUCAGCGGUGUUAACCCAUCGACCAUCGAGACUGCUCCUGCUGAGAAGAUCAAGGCUUACAUUGCCGAGGCAGAGAAGCAAGGUCUUGACGCGGUGAAGAAGUUGCUCGAGGAAGGCAAGGAUCUUUUGAUUCAGGAUUAUUCCUACUUCCGUGAGGCAACAAGCGUCAAGAACGACGAAGAGUUCCGAAACACGAUCCCGAACCCUGAUCCUACCGGGCAGCCCAGCUAUCGGUACGCAGCGGCGUCGGUGAUCAUUUUCCAGCUCCACGAGGACGGUCGCCUUCACCCAUUGGCCAUCACUCUCGACUACAAGGGCUCUCUCGAUAACUCAGUCACCAUCUUCAACCAGAGAUUGAACCCUGAUGAUGAGGGCAAGAUCGCUGAGAAGGACGACUGGCCGUGGAGAUACGCCAAGACCGUUGCUCAAACAGCUGACUGGGCACGACACGAAGUUGCUACCCACCUCGUCGACACGCAUAUGAUCGAGGAAGCCAUCAUCGUCGCCACCAACCGCACCAUUCCCGAGCGUCACAUUCUCUACGAGAUCCUCAGCCCUCAUUGGUUCCGAACGCUCGCUCUCAACGACGCUGCGCGCAAGCUUCUCGUUCCCCUCGUCAUUGCUCGCAUCUCCGGUUUUGGCUCUGGACCUAAACCUGAUCCCAAGGUCGGCGCUUUCGGACUUGUUAACUGGUCGUACAAGAACUUCAACUUCCAGGAUAAGUACAUUCCCAACGAUCUCAAGAAGCGAGGCUUUGACAUUGAGGGUGAGAUGGGUGAUAAGUACCGCAACUAUCCUUAUGCUACUGAUAUGUACCUCCUCUGGGGUAUCAUCCGGGAAUUCGUCAAGUCUGUUCUGGAGACGAAGUAUACCUCGGAUGAUGUCGUUGCUAAGGAAGCUUGUAUUGCCGACUGGUGCAAGGAGAUUCAGACUAGUGGCCAGAUCCCUACCUUCCCAACCAUCACCACCGUUGAUCAGCUCAUCGACGCUGUUACCAUGUGCAUCCACACAGCAUCACCUCAGCACACAGCUGUCAACUAUCUCCAGGACUACUACUACAGCUUCGUCCCAUCCAAGCCCCCCGCGCUCUGCACCCCUCUGCCCAAGAGCCUCCAGGACCUUCAGGGCUACACCGAGCAGCAUCUCACCGACGCUCUCCCCAUCGGUACCAAGGACGCCAAGUGGAAGGACUGGCUUCUCGCUGCCCAACUGCCCGAGCUCUUGAGCUUCAAGGUUGAGGACCGAUACAACCUCAUCACCUACGCCAAGUCCUUGUACAAUGUUAACAAGGACCGCACCAUUACUGAGAACAAGGAGUUGAACUCGGAGGCUAUCAAGGAUGCGGCUGAGAUUUUCUAUAGUCGACUUAAGAAUGCGGGUUUGGCGUUUGACUAUAUCUCUGCGAUACAGACUCCGGGUUCUAUUGAGUAUCCUGUGCUUCAGCCAGAGGUUACCGCGGUUUCUAUCUUGAUUUAG